AUGCCGGGCCGUCUGAUCCCCAACUUUGUUCGGGGCUCUGGCUCUUUGCAUUCGUCCGUCUCAUCGACCCCCAUUCACUCCAACUCUUCCUCUUCUACCUCCGUCAAUGAGAUCCAACCCCACAAGAAGCCCACACAUUCUUCCUCAGAUCGUGCCCGCUCCCCAGAGCGUCGCAUGUCCUUUUCCAUGGAUCAUUUGAUUCACCCCCACCGGGAUCACAGCAAAGAAAAGCGUCGGAGUCUAGGAAAGUCAGCGCGGUCAAAGGAGCGCCUCACCAAGGAGGAACUGGCCCCACCAUCGGCCAAGAUGGAAGUUCUGGUAGAAUCACCCCCGUUGGUCUGCUUUGGUGCCCCCGCUACCUCUACUGGUGCCCUGUUCUCAGGCCGCCUGCGCUUUGCCAUCAGUGAGCUGGCUGGCACUGUCACGCUCAGCCAAUUCGAUGCUCAGCUCGUCUCUAAGACCACCACCAAGAAGCCCGUUUCCAACCACUGCUCGAGCUGUGGAACACGCACCGAGGAGCUGACCAAGUGGAACUUCCUUACGGAGGAUCUGCCCCUCAAGACUGGAAUUCACGACUUCCCAUUUAGCUACUUGUUCCCGGGCCACAUUCCUGCUUCCUGCAACGGCUCUCUGGGCCAGAUUGAGUACUACCUGCUGGCCCACGCUAAGAGCACCACCGGCGAGGAAUUCAACAUCAAGCUGCCCUUGAACGUUCGCCGCGCCCUGAUUCCCGGCAAUGACAAGUCCUCCAUUCGGAUCUUUCCUCCCACCAACCUUACUGGCCGCAUUGUGCUGCCCUCUGUGGUCCAUCCCAUCGGCCAAUUCCCCGUUGAGAUGACCCUGAGUGGUGUGGUGGAUAAGGGCGAGGAGACACAGACCCGCUGGCGUCUACGUAAGAUGAUGUGGCGCAUCGAGGAGCAUCAGAAGAUCGUUUCAACAGCCUGCCAGAAGCACUCUCACAAGAUCGGUGGCGAUGGCAAGGGUGUCCUCCACCAGGAGACCCGCAUCAUUGGUCACAAUGAAGAAAAGUCUGGCUGGAAGACCGACUUUGACACCGCUGGUGGUGAAAUUGGCCUGCAGUUCGAAGCUAGCAUCAACCCUACAACCAACCCAGUCUGCGAUAUGGAGGCCCCAGGUGGUCUGGAAGUCAAGCACAACCUCGUCAUCGAGCUGAUCGUCGCCGAAGAGUUCUGCCCCAACCGUAACACCCGUCUCAUCACCCCGACUGGUGCCGCCCGUGUACUCCGCAUGCAAUUCAACCUCAACGUCACCGAGCGCAGUGGCCUGGGCAUCAGUUGGGAUGAGGAGAUGCCUCCUGUUUACGAGGACGUUCCCGCUAGCCCCCCUGGCUACUUCAAGCUCGACGAUGCCCGCAGUGUCAUCGAAGACUACCACGGAUCACCCCUCCCUCUGCCCGACUACGAGGACUUGGAGCGAUUGGACUCGCUUCGUCUUGACAGCGACUCUACACACUCUUCCAACCAGUCUACUCGCGGUCACGUCCGCUUCACAGUAGAUGAUCUCACUACCGACUCUCCUGGUACCUCCGCCCCUGUUUCUCGCGCUCCCUCCAUCGCACCAUCGGUUGAUUCUUCCCGCCAAUAA